AUGGAGCUGAACGAGCACAAGUUGGUUAUCGAGACCCUCCGAGAGGUGGACCCGACCCGGAAGUGUUUCCGCAUGGUAGGGGGGGUGUUGGUGGAGCGCACAGUCAAGGAAGUCCUCCCAGCCCUGGAAAACAACAAGGAGCAGAUCAACAAGAUCAUUGAGACCCUGACCCAACAGCUGCAGACCAAAGGCCGGGAGCUGAACGAGUUCCGCGAGAAGCACAACAUUCGCCUGAUGGGCGAGGAAGAGCAGAAGCCACCUGCCAAAGAGAGCCCGGAGGGGGCGGCUGCCAAAUCCAGUUCAACUGGGGUCCUGGUCUCUUAA